CCAACAAACACGACCAUCGGAUCGUAACCGGCCCAACUCAGGUAUAAGUACUACCGAGACCGCUUGAGCUUCUUGCAACCUUCUGUUAUGGCAUUUGAGCCUUUCUGUCACGACGCCGAAGGCUGGAAAACCGUCUCCUUGCUGAGGAGUUUCGAUCUCACUCCCUGUUUUGAGGAGGGUAUAUUACUGUCGGCCUUGUAUGCCGUUGUCACCGUCACCGCGAUUUCUCGUUCUAUCUUUGCUGGACGUCAGGAUGCAUUAGAAAGGACGAAUAAAAGCCGCUGGAUAUUGCGAGGAAAACUUACUCUCCUAGUCCUCGCGUUCGGUAUCAGUAUUGCCAACUUCUCGAGCGUUCUCUACCUUUCUCUACGCGUACCUGUACUCCAGUCUUACAUUUUGGAAGCCGUCUCGUUGCUAGCCAUACUGUGCUUGACCUACGUCAAUCAUAUACAUACACGGCGGUCAUCGAGUAUCAUCCUGAUAUAUUGGCCAUUACACACUAUCUUCCUCAGCAUUUGGACAAGAACCGCCCUUUCAACCCACCCCAGUCAUUUGUUCCUUACUCUUCCUCUCAAAUGGACAAUUGGAGGCCUCGGGUUAAUGUCUUUUGUCCUCGAGUCUAUCGGGUCAGAGCUCGAUAUCAGACCAAAAGAUGGUGUUUAUCAAGAGCACCCGACGCUGACAGCCAAUAUCUACAGUAUAUGGUCUUUCGGAUGGAUGACCCCGCUGAUGAAACGAGGUGCAACACAAUACAUCGUUGAGGAAGACCUCCCCAAUAUUUCACCCAAGGACGAGUGCGUCAAACUAGAAAAACGCUUGCGGCAAGCACUCAAAAAACAUCCACUUUGGCGGGCACUCUUUGUUGCUUACGGGAAAACAUAUGGUUCUGCUGCCUUGCUCAAGUUCUCACAGGACGCUCUAGCCUUUGCACAACCUCAACUACUUCGUAUGCUCCUCGUGUACAUUUCUCGAUAUCAAAGCGUUCGUUUGUUGGGUGCCGCAGAGAAGCCAAGUCCGCUCGAAGGGUUCUCCAUCGCUUUUUUGAUGUUCUUAGCUUCUACAGCACAGACCGUGCUCCUGAAUCAGUACUUCCAAAGAGCCUUCGUAACAGGAAUGCGAAUUCGUGCUGGGCUUGUAUCGGUAAUUUAUGACAAGGCACUCAAAUUAUCCAAUGACGAGAUGGGACGUGCCACUGGCGAUAUCGUCAAUUUGAUGAGCGUUGAUGCUACACGAUUGCAAGACUUUUGUCAGUUUGGACUUAUAGGCAUAUCUGGACCGUUCCAGAUCACUUUAGCGUUCAUCAGUCUUUAUAACUUGCUAGGGUGGCCUGCGUUUAUUGGGGUUGCCAUCAUGAUUCUCUCCGUCCCACUCAAUACCACCAUGGCACGCAUUCUCAAGAAGAUGCAGAAAAAGCAGAUGGGUAAUCGCGACAAGCGCACUCGGUUGAUGAGCGAAUUACUCGCUAAUAUCAAAAGCAUCAAGCUUUACGCUUGGGAAUUCACCUUUAUGCGCAAAAUUAUUGAAGUGCGAAACAACCAAGAGCUGGUCAUGCUCAAGAAAAUUGGACUCCUCACUUCAGCCAACAGCAUGCUUUGGAAUGGUGUCCCCCUGUUGGUGGCCUUCAGCUCGUUCGCUGUGGCCGCAGCGACGAGUGACAAACCUUUAACUUCAGAUGUUAUAUUCCCUGCCAUCACUUUGUUCCUCCUUCUAUCAUUCCCAUUGGCCAUGUUUGCCCAGGUUACGUCGAACAUCAUCGAAGCCGUUGUCUCUCUGCAACGCAUCUCUCAAUUCCUCAAGGCAGAUGAACUGCAGGACGAUGCUCGAAAGGUCGAGGAGAAAUCACAACUAAAGAAGGGAGACGAGGUUGUGUCAAUCAAAGCAGGCGAGUUCAGCUGGUCCAAGACCGUUGCGAACCCCACUUUGGAAGACAUCAAUAUGACCGUUCGCAAGGGCGAGCUCGUUGGGGUUCUGGGUAGAGUAGGGAGCGGUAAAUCGAGUUUGCUUUCAGCGAUUCUUGGAGACAUGACUCGGACAGAGGGCGAAGUCAAAGUUUACGGGAACAUUAGUUAUGCUUCUCAGAAUCAAUGGAUCCUUUCUGCAACCGUUCGACAGAACAUCUUAUUCUUCCACGAGUAUGACGAGACCUUUUACAAUUUGGUUAUCGAAGCAUGUGCACUUGGUCCUGAUUUAGUGUUACUACCCAAUGGAGAUGCUACGGAAGUCGGAGAGAAGGGUAUCACACUGAGUGGUGGACAACGCGCUAGAAUAGCUCUGGCUCGAGCGGUGUACGCGAGGGCAGACUUGGUGCUAUUGGAUGACUGUCUGGCUGCGGUCGAUAGUCAUGUUGCUCGCCACAUUUUCGAUCGGGUCAUCGGUCCCAACGGGAUACUCGCCACGAAGGCGCGGAUACUUGUCACCAACAGUGUUUCAUUUCUGUCACAAUUUGAUCAGCUAUUAUUCGUUCGCCGGGGCAUCAUCUUGGAGCGGGGAAACUAUACCUCUCUCAUGGAGGAUAGUGAGGGUGAGUUUGCAAAACUUGUACGCGGAAGUGGAAAUACUUCGUCCGGUUCCUCUACUCCCUAUCCAAAACGCAGUAGUGGUAGCGCAACUCCUGUCGAAGCUGAAUUGCUUCAGGACAAAUCACUCGAGUCUUCUCUUCUUUCGGAGAAACUCCGUCGCAAAGGAAGCUUUGGAAAGGCUACCGCUGCAGCUCCAGAACCCCUUCGCCAGCAAACUUCGGUUGGACUCAGUCAAGAACAUAGAGAACAGGGAACGGUUAAAUCGAAUGUAUACGGAGAAUACAUCAAGGCGGCAUCUAAAACUGCGUCAUUUGCCUUCGUUAUGUUGUCCAUUGCUUCGCAAACCAUCAAUGUAUUAGCGAAUCUGGUGCUCAGGAGCUGGGGGGAGCAUAACAGGGAAGAGGGUAGCAACGAAGGCAUGUUCAGAUAUCUACUACUUUAUGGAGUUUGCUCGUUGUCGUCGGUUCUGUGUAGUGGAGGCUCUGCGAUCUUGGUUUGGGUAUAUUGUUCGAUUCGGAGUGCACAGAGGCUGCAUGACACAAUGCUGGAUGCUUUGAUCCGAGCCCCAUUGGGAUACUUUGAAAUCACUCCUACAGGAAGGCUCCUUAACCUAUUCACCCGUGACAUCUAUGUCGUCGACCAAGUCUUGGCCAGGAUGUUUGGCAACCUUGUGCGAACAAUGGCUUCUACUCUAUUGAUCAUCGUGGUCAUAGGAGCGAACUUCCCGGCUUUCUUAUUGUCGAUUAUCCCUCUUUCAUGGUUCUACUUAAGAGUAAUGAGGUACUACUUGGCCACCUCUAGGGAACUCAAGCGUCUCGAUUCGGUUUCUCGAUCACCCAUUUUCGCGUGGUUUGGCGAAAGUUUAGCUGGCCUCGGUACUGUCCGUGCCUUCGGAAUGCAAACCCUAUUUCAGACGGUCAAUCACCGGCGGGUGGAUCGCAACCAGAUUUGUUACCUGAGUAGUAUUAGCGUUAAUCGCUGGUUAUCAUUAAGGCUCGAGUUUGUUGGGGGUCUUAUCAUCUUUACUGUGGUAUGCCUUGCUGUGGUCCAACUUAUUACCACUGGCGUUGAUGCAGGGUUGGUUGGAUUGGUGUUGUCAUAUGCGCUCAACGCCACGUCUUCGCUGAACUGGGUCGUCCGAUCUGCCAGCGAAGUGGAGCAAAACAUGGUUGCGGUCGAAAGAAUUCUGCACCAAAUUGAGCUUCCAAGCGAAGCUCCGCUAGAGCUGCCGGAAAGACCCACAGAACCCUGGCCGACUAAAGGAGAAAUUGUGUUUAAUAACUACUCUACCAAGUAUCGUCAAGAAUUGGACUUGGUGUUGAGAAAUUUGUCUUUCACAAUCAAAGGCGGGGAGCGCCUUGGAAUUUGCGGUCGGACCGGGGCUGGAAAGUCUUCCAUCGUCCAGUCGAUUUUCAGGAUCAUAGAACCAGUCGAAGGUACAAUAUUGAUAGAUGGAGUGGACAUCACCAAGCUUGGGCUUCACGAAUUGCGUUCAGGUUGUUCGACGGUCCCCCAACAUCCAGAACUAUAUGAAGGGACAAUUAGAGAAAAUGUGGACCCAGUCGGGCAGUAUUCGGAUGCUGAGAUCUGGGCCGCACUCGAGCAGGCCCACCUCCGAGAGUUUAUAUCGUCUGUGGGCGGUUUAGACACAGCGGUCCGAGAGGGUGGGUCGUCACUGUCCGCAGGACAACGUCAGUUGAUUUGCUUCGCCAGAGCAAUAAUAAAGAAGGCUAAGAUCCUCAUACUGGAUGAAGCGACCUCUGCCGUCGACCUUGAGACCGACCACGCCAUUCAAUCAAUUAUUAGGUCACUGACUGACGUAACUGUCAUUACAAUAGCCCACAGGCUCAACACGGUGAUGGAUUACGAUCGUAUUCUUGUAAUGGAUUCAGGCACGGUCGCCGAACUGGACACUCCUCAAGCUUUGUUGGCGAACAAAGACUCGGUAUUCUACUCUUUAGCCAGCGAGACAGGGUUGACGACUUGA